UCACACAACGGUAGUCCUGAGCGUCAGCGUCAACAGGUGCGCAUGGGGGUCGGAACAAAAGUCGGAGCUUGCAGUUGCCAUAUAAGGUAAGUGCUCGGCAGUACUGAGUGUUGCCCACGUGCUAGUACUCGACUAGUACUACGAGAUUGUCCAUCAUCAUGUCGGAAUCUCGCUGGAUCCCGCUCGAAAGCAACCCAGAUGUCUUUAACAGUUGGGCCAUAAACGCUGGACUAGCAUCCAAGGCGCAAUUCGAGGACAUAUAUGGUCUUGAUCCAGAACUUCUAGGAAUGGUAUCGGAAGGUGUAAAGGCCGUUACACUACUCUUUCCCUGUUCAGGGACCAUUGCGACCAAGCGCAAAGAGGAAGAUGAAAAGAUUGCCGCUCAAGGGCAGUAUCCGAUCGAUCCCACUAUUUUUUGGAUGAAGCAGACGAUUGUAAACGCUUGCGGAACCAUGGGCCUUCUGCAUGCUUUAAUAAACUCAGGUGUCGCUUUCGCUGAUGAAAGUCCAUUGGCUAGAUUUAUUGAAGAAUGCAAAGACAAAACACCAUUGGAACGUGUCAAAGUUCUAGAGGAGACCUCCCUGUUCGAACAGAUCCAUACCUCUGCAGCCGUCUCAGGACAAACUACGGUGCCUGAAGAUCUGGAUACAUAUCUCCAUUUUACUUGUUUCGUUAAGGCCCCCGAUGUCACUGCGAGGGGCACAGAAACCCAAGUCCGUGGGUGGCGCGUCAUAGAGUUGGACGGAGGUCGCAAUGGUCCGAUUGAUAGGGGCGAAUGCACCAACUUGCUUCAGGACGUAGCCAAAUUCGUCAAAGAACAUUAUAUCAAGGAAAGCAAGAGUGUCAACUUCAGCAUGAUGGCGUUAUGUUCUGGACAAAACUAGAUUAAUAAAUACGGACAAAACCAAUGUGUACAACAGCAGAGCGACUACGUAUUCAAUUAUUUCAGCUGGCGCUUUUAGAUCAGAAGUUA